CAUGUGGAGGGGAGGGCGCCCCGUUCUGGUUGCUGAAGCGUUGGCUCUGUUUGCAGAAUCGGACAUUUCUUGUUGUCACACUACACCUCGUCUCCUCAGCAGGCAGCGCCUCCUCUCCGGAUGGAGUUGGUCACAGUGAUCAGUCCUGAAGAGAGUAACCUGAGGCUCAUACACGCUCACGUCUCGCGCGGUGUUUUCAGGCUUCACGCGGAAUCUCGUCCUUUUACCUCAGCGCUUUAAACUGAUUCAGAUCCACCCGACGGUGAAAUACUGCUCAGGAUGAUGGAGGAUCUCUGAAGAACAAUUUUAGUUACACUUGAAUUGCAUAUUCUCUAUCCCUUCCUCAAUGGGCUCCCGCAGCCAAGGUUUCUUCCACAACCAGCAUCACCACCAUCACCACCACCGCAGCUCCACGAUGCCCAGUCCGGCUGUGCCCAGACUGAUGGCUGAACCGGGCAGCCUGCUCGGUGGCAUUGCCCAAAUCACUCCCACGUUGUUCCUCAGUCGUGGUGCCGUAGCAUCCAAUCGUGGCCUGCUGCUGUCCAAGGGAAUCACAUGUGUAGUGAAUGCCACCAUCGAGCUGCCCAAUUUCAACUGGCCACAUGUGGAGUAUGUAAAGGUUCCACUGGCUGAUGCACCACACUCGCCUAUAGCGCUGUACUUUGACAGCGUAGCAGACAAGAUCCACAGCGUGGGGCGGAAGCGCGGCGCUGUGCUGGUGCACUGCGCCGCUGGUGUGAGCCGCUCUGCCUCGCUCUGCCUUGCCUACCUCAUGAAGUAUCAUGGUGUGUCGUUAGCUGAGGCACACGCCUGGGUAAAGGCCCGACGGCCGGUCAUCCGGCCCAAUGGUGGCUUCUGGCGCCAGCUUAUUGACUACGAGCGCAAACUCUUUGGCAAGACCUCAGUGAAGAUGGUUCAGACGCCGUACGGAGUCAUUCCCGAUGUUUACGAGCGCGAUCGUAGGAACCUGGCACCUUACUGGGGCAUGUAAAGAAAGCAGUGGGGGCUUUUUCAGGAAAAAAAAAAUGGAAGGUGAGCAGAUUUGAUCAUUGAACUUUGGUGAUUGGUGACUCAUCCUGUAUCCAGCCACAAAAUGCUGUUGAUGAUUCCCAAACACUGAGACAAAUGUCAAUGUUGAGUGUCGAACACUGAGACGCAUAUCAAUGUGUUUUUCUCCAGCGGUGAGAGGGAGGAAGACAGACCGAGUUGAGAUUCCAGGUGACAUCAGCAGUGACCGACCCUGAGCUAUUCCUGAUUAGGAAGAUGAACUGGAAGUGGGAGGCUGAAUCAAAGCCUUUAGGGCACUGUAGGAAAGUGAUGCAGGUUUCUUAAUCUGCUCGAUAGUGUGAUGACGUGCCGGUUCUUCUGGCAUUUUCUUUUUUUUUUUUUCUGAUGCAGCAAUCUGUUCUCGAUUACUGGUAGCAUUUUCGAGCAUAUUUUUGAACAGGAUUGGUUACUGAAAGUAACUAAAAGCCUCAAAAAGUUAGACUAGGUAAAAUAGUAAACCAGGGGUUCUCAAAGAUUUAAAUGAAUAAAUUAACUAAUAAAAAUAUUAGACUCAUUAUUUAAAUGUGUACAGUAACAUUUUGGCUAUUUAUUAAAGCCAUAGAACUUUUUAUUCCUGAACUUUCCACCAACACAUAAGGUCCAAGUGAACAUUAUUUAUAGGCUACUUGUUUUUGCGUUGUUGAGGUUUGGAUUAAACCCAUUUAAGUGAAAAGUCAAACCAGUCUAAAAUAACUAUAAGAACUCAAUAGCCAAAUGUAACAACUUGAUGGGUGGCUUGAUGAUUGAUGGUGGGUUGUGAUUUUCAUGACUGUAACAAACGAAAGAAAUCACAGACCGCACUAAAAGAGAAGCUACUAAAAGAGCGAUCUGCUUUAUGAAAUGAUUUUAAAGGGAAUAAAUAAGCAUCAUCGUGGAUUAGAGAGUUUUGGGAAUCAGAACUAUGGUGCUGCUAAAAAAAUACUACUAAUAAUAAUAAUUUUAAUUAUUAUUAAUUUUAAAUAAUUCAUAAAAAAGACAUUUGGGAGCAGUGUAGUUGUCUUGGUAUAUUUUCUAAUUCAAUUAAUAAAGUCUUUUUUUUUUCAGCUACAAAUUAUUAGAUCCUUUUGAUACUUUUGCAGUUUUAUUCUUAGUUUACAAAUAAUUAACUGGGGUUUUUUCCCCUUAUGAUCAUUUCCUUAUUACACACUAUUUCACAUGAUUACGACUGGAGAAAUGAGCUGGGAAAGUAUUCAAAACGUUACAUGUAAUUUUGUCAGAUAAGUCAUGGUGUAUGUCACGAAAUAAUAUAAAAAGCUGAAAAGAUGAAUAAUGAUGUUGAAAUUAAUAAAGUGUUAGAAGAAACAAACACUUGGUUUUUGGUAACGUUUUUCUUUUUUAAUUAAUAUUGUUAUGUUAUAUGUGAACAGGUUGUUCUAAUGGACAGAUGAAGACGUUAGG